AUGCCGCUCGAGCUGCGCCGCGUUGAGGCAUCGGACCACGACAUUCUUGAGCGCUGCAUCGUCGUCGAGACGGCCGCCUUUGACUCUAGCCACAUCAAGCCCAUCGUCUACCCAGGUCCCUUCCCGCCCGACGCCGACGAGCGCCGCGUGGCCGAGCUGUCGGAGACGCUUUCCAAGGAGCCGAACAUCCACUUCAUCGCCGUGGCGGACACGGAGAUUGAGGGCCCGAACGCCAUCGUCGCUUGGGGUAAAUGGAUGGUCUACGCCGAGGGCAUGCCCCCGCCCAAGGAGAGAACCUUUUCGCCCGGCAUGAAUUUCGAGGCUGCCAAGCUGAUGUACGGCGGGAUUGACGGUCUGAGGAAGAACGUCGAGGGUCUGAAAUGCAUUUAUUUGAGUGUCCUCGUGACGGACCCCGCGCAUCAAGGCCGCGGCGCUGGGAAGCUGCUGAUGCAAUGGGGCGCUGACGAGGCGGAUCGCCUCGGACUGGCGACCUUCCUUGAGUCUUCGGAACCGGGACACGUGCUGUAUCCCAAGUUUGGGUUCCAGGAUGUCGAGCCGCUCGUGGUCAGUCUCGCGCAGUUUGGGCUUGAGAGGCCUUAUCGAGCGUGGGGCAUGGUGAGGCCGGCGAAGGAGUGA